AUGGAGGUGCUGCCGGCGGGCACGCGGCUGCUCCCCUGGGGCGCCGGCCUUGUGGCCCUGCUCCUCACCGUCGUGAUGGCCUUUUCCCUGCGCUCCCUCCUCGAUCACUGGUGGCGGUGGUGGGUGAUAAAGCCGAUCCCGGGUGUCAGCCCCUGCCUUCCGCUGCUGGGAAAUGCUCUGCAAUUUGAGCGCAAUGGAGAAGGUUUUUUUAAACAACUGCAACAUUAUUCUGAAGAAUUCAGGAAAUUACCACUAUUAAAACUUUGGGUAGGACCACUGCCUGUAAUGGUCCUGUAUGACCCUGACAGUGUGGAGAUUAUUCUGAGCAGUUCGAAGCACAUAGAAAAAUCCUACUUGUACAAAUUUCUACAGCCAUGGCUGGGCACUGGACUGCUGACAAGCACUGGAGACAAGUGGCGGACACGGCGGAAGAUGAUAACACCCACAUUCCACUUUGCAAUCUUAAAUGACUUUCUGGAAGUUAUGAAUGAACAAGGGAAUAUUUUGGUGGAGAAACUUGAGAAGCACGUUGACAAGGAGCCAUUUGAUGUCUUUAUUGAUGUCACUCUGUGUGCUCUCGAUAUAAUCUGUGAAACUGCCAUGGGCAGGAAUGUGGGUGCCCAGGAGAAUAAGGACUCGGAAUAUGUUCGUGCUGUUUACAGGAUGAGUGAUCUAAUCCAGCAGCGACAGAAGAGCCCUUGGCUUUGGCCUGAUUGCUUAUAUGUGCUGUUCAAAGAAGGAAGAGAGCACGAGAGGAAUCUCAAGAUCCUUCACAAUUUUACAGAUACAGUCAUUGCAGAAAAAGCUGCAGAACUUGAAAACCCCAAGCAAGGGAAAUGUGAUACUGAUGGCAACUGUGAAGGAAGUGGCCUCAAAAAGAGAAAAGCUUUCCUGGAUAUGCUCCUGAGUGCAACAGAUGAUGAAGGGAACAAACUGAGCUACAGAGACAUUCGUGAGGAAGUGGAUACUUUCAUGUUUGAGGGCCAUGAUACAACGGCAGCAGCAAUGAACUGGGUACUGUACUUACUGGGACAUCAUCCUGAAGCCCAGAGGAAGGUUCACAGAGAACUGGAUGAGGUGUUUGGUAACAGUGAUCGUCCAGUCAUGAUGGAUGAUCUGAAGAAGCUUCGGUACCUGGAGUGUGUUGUGAAAGAAGCUCUUCGGCUCUUCCCUUCGGUUCCGCUGUUUGCCCGCAGCUUGCGGGAGGAUUGCUAUAUUAAAGGCUACCGAGUACCGAAAGGCACAAAUGUCAUUGUUGUAACGUACGCGCUGCACAGACACCCGGAGAUCUUCCCCGACCCCGAGGAAUUCAGGCCUGAGCGGUUCUUCCCCGAGAGCUGCAAGGGGAGGCACCCGUUUGCUUAUGUGCCCUUCUCGGCCGGUCCCAGGAACUGCAUCGGUCAGCGCUUUGCACAAAUGGAAGAGAAAGCCCUACUGGCCCUCAUCCUGCGGCGCUUCUGGGUGGACUGUUGUCAAGAGAAAGAAGAGCUUGGGCUGACAGGGGAACUGAUUCUUCGUCCAAACAACGGCAUCUGGAUCCAGCUGAAGAGGAGACCAAAUUUCCAGUCCUAAUGAUGGGAAAUUCAAUGUUAUUUUCCGCAAAGCUGUUUAGAUUGAGGAAUGUUUUUAAAUUGCGUGUUUUGUUGACAGCCAGUCAAAGAUGAUGAUGUGAUAGUCCUGAGGUGCUGUAGUCUUCUAAUGAAUGAGAACUUUACAUUCAUUUUUAAAGUGCAAGGCCUUGUUUACUCAGAUGAAUUGCAACAAUGUAAAAGAAAAUUAAUGAUGGGGUGAGAAAUUAAGCAGAUUUUAUUGUGUUACUCAAAGCUUCUAAACAGUGAAUGAAUGUGCUCUUACUUUUUAAGAUCCUGCAAGGAACCUAGAGAGAUUCUUGCUAGUUGCUGUUAAAGAGGGCAAGAGCCCUCUGAAAAUUUCUAACUGUUCCUAAUUUAGAUUAGAUUCUCAGCCAGAAACAAAACACACUCAGCAGCCCCCUAAGAAGUCAGUGAGGACAGAACUUUCUCAUUUCUUUAGAAAUGAGAACAGCAAGUGUGUUAUGUAGCUGAAAUAUUUUUAAUGGUUUUGCUCACUACUUCAAGAGCCUCAGCAGAUAUUUGUUCCUGUUUUGUCAAUCAGAAUGCAUAUGAGUUAUUCAUGGGAACAAAUCUACAGGGUCUUGUUUGUUUGUUUGUUUUCUCCUCCUUUUUUCCUCUCAAACAGUAGCAUGUACUGUACAAGCUGCUGUAUCCCACCAUACCAUCAGGUCAAGGACAUGUGCAAUUCAUUCACUCAUUCAGUAGAAUAAAGGUGUCAUAAUCCCAAUUUGGAGUCACAGUUAGAUGUCUCCCAGAGACAUUCACAGAUGUUUAAUAAUUUCUUCCUUCUUCCCACAUUCUGCUUUAUGAAGCCUUGUAUUUUGAUGGAGGAGAAGACAACCACACAAUAGGCAAAAGCAAAUAAUUGUUAAAGAUGAUUUUUUUCUGAAUACUAUUCUCUUUAUAUCGGCACUAUAAUCACCUUGAUUUAACCUGUGGAAACAUGUUAAAACGUGGCCUUAAUCACUCAAGCCAAGCCUCAUGAAUUUGAAGGCUCCCAGCUGUAGGUAGAUGACACUUUGGCUUUUGAAUGAGCAGCCAGAAGUCAGAUGCAGAGAAGUCAGAGUCAGAUGCAGCUGAUACUGGACUGGUCCAUCUCUAAUGAUGCAUGCGUUACCAAGUAAGAAAGACAUAGCCUGUGCUUACUGCUUUUCUUGAUUUUAUACAUUCUUUUGUGCACUUCUAAAUAGCACAGG